CAGGCCAGGCGGACGUCGCGCUCGGCCACGGACCCAAGCUCGAAGCUUUGAAGCUGGUCAGGCUGCCGCGUCCCCCAGGUGCCGCAAAUAAAAAGCCUCCGCUUUUCUUUCCAGCACCGGCACCCGACAGGACACCCCGGGGGGGAGACCUCGCGGCUGCACCGCCAGCAAAUGUCAGACUGGGAGACCCCGGGGUGCUCGCCCGGGACCGGCGGCGAGAGAGCGAUGCCUCCCCCAAUAACGGCUUCAACCGCCUCCUGCCAGGUCCCCGCCCUGGCCGCAAAACUCGCGUCCCAAAGGUUUCACACUCACUGGAAAGUGGGACCGGGGCCCGCACCCGGGCCCGAGCCGGCCCCGGGAAUUCGGCGGGCCUCCCAGGGUUUCGGGGGCGGCGGCGGCUGAGACGCCAUCUCUCCGCCUGCUCCGCUACGGCUCUGGGCCGCGACUGCGACGGCUAGAAGAAGGAGCGCCUUGCUUGCCAGGCACUACGGGCAGAGCGCCGAGCCCUCUACCCCGCCCACACCUGACGUCAGGCCGAGGCUUGUGGUCGGCUUAAACCUGAGAGAUGAUGCAGGGCGGGACAUCUAAUUCACGGGGACUGGCGUGGGAGGAGGGGCGGAACUUUCCUUUUUUAUUUUUUCCCUAGAUUGGGCUUCAAAUUUGAGUAGGGGCUCAUCGACAUUUCCGGCAGCAGCUAAUAUGCCCUAGACGCCGAGUCCCACGGAGGCUUCUUUGCGGGUCGACCCCGAAGGGCUAGCAGGGAAGCCCUUUGCGGGCUUGCGUUCGCGGGGCUACCCAGAGUCCAAGAUUGCAAGCCCCGCAGCCUUACAGAUCUCCCUGUAAGCAAGAGGGGGCCUUCACGUCCUCCUUUCGUGAAAGGCCUGGUACUUUUCUUCUAAAGCUCUCGUUUCCUUGGGGAACAGAACUGUUAGGCGCCGCAGGUGCGCUGUCUUUAGUCUUCCCGGAUCCCACCUCCGACCAAAGGGUCUUGGCUCCAGCAGCUUGGCAGAAGUUAGAAUUAUUCAGCAUGUUUCCACUGACUGAGGAAAACAAGCAUGUGGCCCAGAUGUUGCUCAGUUCUGGUACCUGUCCCAGAUGUAUCUUCAGAUUCUGUGGUGUGGAUCUUCAUGCACCUUACAAACGCCCAUCCAAGGAGUUGUUCAAUGAUCUACAAAAAUUUCUUGAAACUGAAAAAAUUUUGGAAGUUCCAAACCCACCAUUGAAGAAAAUUCGUCUUCAAGAAGAUGGGGCGGAUAAUUUGAGUGGAAAUGGACAGGAGGGGAUCUCUGCCACGGAAGAUGAAAGCAUUGCUUCUGAGCCUUCAAACUCGAGUGUGUGCAAUGUUUGCUUAGGAGUUCUUCAAGAAUUCUGUGAGAAAGAGUUUAUUACGAAGGUGUGCCAAAAGGUUGAGGCCUCUGGGUUUGAACACACCAGUGUGGUUUUAUCGGUUUCCUUCCCACCACAGCUGUCUGUGAGAGAGCAUGCUGCAUGGUUGCUGGUAAAACAGGAAAUGGGAAAGCGCAAUCUGUCUCUGGGAAGAAGUGAUGCAAUCCAGCUGAAAGAAGCGUACAAAUGGAUCACUCACCCCCUGUUCUCAGAGCGACUGGGUGUUCCCGUCGAUGGAAAGAGCUUGUUUGAAGUGAGUGUGGUCUUUGCUCAUCCAGAAACAGAUGAAGAUUGCCGCUUCCUAGGUGAAGUUUGCCCAGAUUGUUUCAAACCAGCCAAAAACAAACAGUCAGUGUUCACCAGAAUGGCGGUUUUAAAAGCUUUGAAUAAGAUAAAAGAAGAAGAUUUCCUCACGCAGUUUCCUUGUCCUCCAGACUCACCGAAGACUGUGUGCACUGUCCUGGAAAUCGAAUGCACUCACGGUGCCGUUUUUGUUGCUGGCAGAUAUAAUAAAUACUCCAGGAAUCUACCACAAACUCCUUGGAUAAUUGAUGGAGAAAGGAAAAUGGAAUCUUCGGUGGAGGAAUUAAUUUCAGAUCAUCUCUUGGCUGUAUUCAAAGCAGAGAGUUUUAAUUUCUCAUCCUCUGGAAGGGAAGACGUAGACGUGAGAACGUUAGGGAAAGGAAGGCCGUUUGCAGUGGAGCUGCUGAAUCCUCACAGGGUUCAUUUUACUUCUCAAGAAGUUAAGGAGCUCCAGCAGAAGAUUAAUAAGGCAUCUGACAAAAUCCAAGUACGUGAUUUGCAGCUUGUAACCAGAGAGGCCAUCGGGUAUAUGAAGGAAGGUGAAGAAGGGAAGACCAAGACCUACAGCGCCUUGAUCUGGACGAAUAAAGCCAUACAGAAGAGCGACAUUGGGUUCCUAAAUGACCUCAAGGACUUAAAGAUUGACCAGAAAACUCCUCUCCGGGUCCUCCACCGGAGGCCUUUGGCUGUGAGAACUCGGGCCAUUCACUCCAUGGAGACGCACUACGUGGACGAGCAUCAUUUCCGUCUGUAUUUGAAGACCCAAGCUGGAACCUACAUUAAAGAAUUUGUACACGGAGACUUUGGGAGAACCAAGCCGAACAUCGGCUCUCUGAUGAACGUGACCGCAGACAUCCUUGAACUGGAUGUGGAGUCUGUAGAUGUUGACUGGCCCCCUGCUCUGGAUGACUAGCUCCCACAUUUGGACACAGAGGGCUUUCCUGACACGAUGCGGACAUACAGGUGGUGUAUCCUGGAAAAUGACUUACCCACCAGCACAGUGUCUUCAAAACGGCUUGGAUCGUGUUCAUCUGUUUCUGAAGUUCACUGUAACAUCUCAGGAUCUAUAUGUACGCAUAUUUUGUGG